GCGCCGGCAGUUUGGCCACGUCCGCGGCCACGUCGCGCCCGCGCUCGCCAUCUUCGCCGCCGCUUCCUUCUAGGCGCCGCUGAGCCCCGCGCCGCCGCCGCCGCCGCCUCCGCCGCCGCCGCCAUGAACAUCUUCCGGCUGACCGGGGACCUGUCCCACCUGGCGGCCAUCGUCAUCUUGCUGCUCAAGAUCUGGAAGACGCGCUCGUGCGCCGGUAUUUCUGGGAAAAGCCAGCUUCUGUUUGCACUGGUCUUCACAACGCGUUACCUGGAUCUUUUUACUUCGUUUAUUUCAUUAUAUAAUACAUCUAUGAAGCUUAUCUACAUCGCCUGCUCCUAUGCUACAGUGUACCUGAUCUACAUGAAAUUUAAGGCAACCUAUGACGGAAAUCACGACACCUUCCGAGUAGAGUUUCUCGUUGUCCCUGUGGGAGGUCUCUCAUUUCUUGUCAAUCAUGAUUUCUCUCCUCUUGAGAUUUUGUGGACCUUCUCCAUCUACCUGGAGUCGGUGGCCAUCCUUCCCCAGCUGUUCAUGAUCAGCAAGACUGGGGAGGCGGAGACCAUCACCACCCACUAUCUGUUCUUCCUUGGCCUCUACCGUGCUCUGUACCUGGUCAACUGGAUCUGGCGUUUCUACUUUGAGGGCUUCUUUGACCUCAUUGCUGUGGUCGCCGGAGUUGUCCAGACAAUUCUUUAUUGUGACUUCUUCUACUUGUACAUUACGAAAGUCCUCAAGGGAAAGAAGCUCAGUCUGCCAGCGUAAGUGCCAAAGGCCAUCAUCAGCAUCUGUCCUCCAGGGUGCUCGGACAGAAUUCUACCACAGCAGAGGCACAAGAUGCUUGAGACGGAAAAGCAGAAACUUGAGUCUUUCGUUGCAGAUAGUCAUCCCUGACUCUGGAAGAACCCAGAGGAAAAAGAAUCAGAAGGUUUCUGUUUAGUGCAUCUUGCCUUAUCUUUUUUUAUUACUAUGUACAAAGAUUUUUUUACACAAAGAAACUUAAUGCUGUAUUAAUAAAUCCAGUGUGUAGCUUCAAUUGGGGUAGUCCUAAAAGUGAAGAUUUGUGAGGAAUAAGUGCAAACUUUUUUUUUUAAUUCUUUGAAAUAGUUGAUUUUUUUUUGUCUGCAAUGAAAUUAUACCCCUUGACAGUUGGUAGAUUACAUAUUCUUCCAUCUAUCAAGCUUGCAUUCCACUAUAUUUAUUUUAUUUUUUUGCCAAAAACUAAGUUAACUUGUCUGACCCCCAAGACACACUACUUUUCCAUUUGGAACCUGUUUCCAUAUCUCCCGCCAAGGGACUGUUUUUUGCGGGCACCACAACACUACAUUUCCCCGCUAUCAGGAGCCUCGAGGGUUUCCAGGUUUUCUCCACCAAAACAUUGAGAGUCCUAAUGGAGCUGGUGUCUCAUUUCAUUGACACCUCAGGUUCCUGUCCUCUUCCCCUGCUAAGAAGGAUCAGCAGGAGAUGUCUCUAUUUUGUCAAGAGAUGCAGUGGGCAGGGGCAAGUGUGGGACUUCAGGGCAUUUAUGAUUUGGUUUUAGGACUCUUACUUCCCCAGAAAUGGAACACAAGUUGCUAUUAGUGACUCAAAUUCAUAGUCCCAAAAGAUGACGGCAACCAUGUCCCUGCUCAGAUUCAAAAUGCUUUUCUUGUCACUUCUGGGUAGUAAAUGAUUGACAUUUUCCCUUCAUUGGCAGCAAAUGCCAUUCCUUAUAUUCUUAUUUUUUGUUGUUGUUUUGACUGAGCUCUUGCAUGAUUAUCUUGUGUUACCAUCCCAAAUAAACAUUUUAUUAAACAUAGAA